AUGGACCAUCUGAAACGUAAGAACAAAAAGAAAAAUCCUUGGUAUAGAUUUGGGCGGACGGCUAAAGAUUACCUGGUUCUGUUUCUUGAGACGUCGUCUAUACACGGCUUAAAUCAUCUUGUUACACCUCGACGGCAGUCGUGUGAAGUAUUUCUCUGGUUCUCCAUAGUGGUUGUCUCGGUGUUUGGCUCCGUAUCUCUGUCUCGCACCACUUGGACUAGGUACCAGUCAUCUCCAACUGUGGUGUCCAUGGAUAGAGACAUGUUCGCUUGGAAUACAACCUUUCCGUGUGUCACCGUCUGCCCUGAUAACAAAAUAAGCCCGUUAAAGUUGGAAGAGUACUUAAAAAAAUCAAAAAUAGUUGAUAAGAAGAAAUUAGAAUUGUUUAUUAGAGCUUUAGCGAAUGCAACGUAUAAAAACUUUGAUACUGUUCCAAUGAUGAACGAAGUACCUCCGGAAGAGUAUUUGGAAAUUCUGUUAGAUCUGUCCGCCGGCCUUAAGACUAGCUUGACCAUUGGAGCUCUGGGGAUGGACCUCGACAUUAUCCAAACUGUUACAGAGAUGGGUAUCUGCUAUGCUAUUAAUUCUAAAGUUGCCGUGUACAACUCACCGCCGUAUUUAAAAGCAAACAGAUGGGAUGUGAUCAAGACGCAGAACGCCUCAGUAACAGUACAUCCAUUGGACGGAGAGGUUUUCGCACAUAUGAUGAACUUGUCAUCGUCCUACAAUGUAUACAUUCACGGACCUCUGGAAGUACCAGAUAUAUCCACAAAGUUUCAUCACUCGGAAGAAAUGUUUUACUUGAAGAUAUAUGUAACUGCUAUAACGGUUUACACGUCACAAGAAGCUGCUAGAUUGAGCGUCGGCCAACGCAGGUGCAGGUUCACCAACGAGAACAAUCUAAAACACUUUGCCGUCUACACGUAUACCAUGUGUCAGAUGGAGUGUCGCAUUCGAUUGAGUCUUCAGUAUUGUAAAUGCGUGCCCCACUUCUAUCGACGGUUUGGCGAUGAAAAAAUAUGUGACGUAAGAGGACUUCAUUGCUUGGCAAAACAUAAAGAUGAACUCUACAAGCUAAGGAAUAAAGAGGGAAAGAAGAUUAACUGUGGCUGCCUGCCGAUAUGUGACGAUGUUAAUUACGUCAUUCAGUCUAAUGCAAUGCAAGAAUGGUUUCUGGGUACAAAUCUGCAGUGGGGUAUAGUGAGCUAUCCAAGAAUGAGAUAUCGAAGGGAUAUUAUAUUUGGAUUCACCGAUGUAUUAGUUAGUGUGGGUGGCAUGGCAGGUCUGUUCCUGGGUUGUAGUGUGCUCAGCUUCAUGGAGAUCAUAUAUUUCUUGACUCUUCGUCUGAUCUGUUACACGAGAACAAAAGUAUAUUAGCAAUCUUAGAAAAUUUACUUCUAGA